AGCGCUCGGAGCCCCAGGCUCGCUCCCUGCCCAGCCGCGGCUCUGCGCCAGCCACCGGGAUUUACACGCUCCUCCGGCGGCAUCUCAAACUCUUGGGCUUUCGGCGCUGCGCUGUCCUCCGCGGCGGCACCGCUUGGUGAAGAGAUUUGUUGUUACAAAGCCUGGACCUCCGGAGGAGAUGGAAGUUUUCUCCCUCAUCCUGGUCGUGUCCGUCUGUUGGACUCGAACCUGGAAAGCGGCGAUUGCAGAUUCAAUCAUUCAUAUCGGGGCAAUUUUUGAUGAAUCUGCCAAAAAAGAUGAGGAAGUAUUUCGAAUGGCAGUUGCUGAUCUCAACCAGAAUGAUGAAAUCUUGCAAACAGAGAAAAUCACAUGUUCAGUGACAUUUGUGGAUGGCAACAAUCCUUUUCAGGCGGUUCAAGAAGCCUGUGACCUGAUGAACCAAGGCAUCCUGGCCCUUGUCAGCUCCAUUGGUUGCACCUCAGCAGGAUCCCUGCAGUCACUGGCAGAUGCCAUGCACAUCCCUCACCUCUUCAUCCAGCGCUCAACGGCAGGAACGCCAAGGAGUGGCUGUGGGCUCACCAGGAGCAACCGCAAUGAUGACUACACACUCUCCGUCCGCCCCCCUGUCUACUUAAAUGAUGUCAUCUUGAGGGUGGUCACAGAAUACGCCUGGCAGAAAUUCAUUAUUUUUUACGAUAAUGACUAUGAUAUCCGUGGAAUACAAGAGUUUUUAGACAAAGUAUCUCAACAGGGAAUGGAUGUAGCAUUGCAGAAAGUAGAAAACAACAUUAAUAAAAUGAUCACGGGGCUCUUUGCCACUAUGCGAAUAGAAGAACUGAACCGCUACCGGGAUACCCUGAGACGGGCUAUUCUCAUAAUGAACCCUUCGACAGCCAAAUCAUUCCUGACAGAGGUCGUGGAGACUAAUUUGGUUGCUUUUGACUGUCACUGGAUCAUUAUAAAUGAGGAAAUAAAUGACGUGGAUGUGCAGGAACUGGUGAGAAGGUCAAUUGGAAGAUUAACAAUUAUUCGACAGACAUUUCCAGUUCCCCAAAACAUAAGUCAGCGCUGUUUCCGUGGCAACCACAGAAUAUCUUCAUCACUGUGUGAUCCGAAGGACCCUUUCUCCCAAAGCAUGGAGAUUUCAAACCUGUAUAUAUAUGACACUGUCCUCCUGCUGGCAAAUGCCUUUCAUAAGAAACUGGAGGACAGGAAGUGGCACAGCAUGGCCAGCCUCACCUGCAUCAGGAAGAACUCUAAACCCUGGCAAGGAGGACGAUCGAUGUUGGAAACCAUCAAGAAGGGUGGAGUGAAUGGCUUGACUGGAGAACUGGAAUUUGCAGAAAAUGGGGGGAAUCCCAAUGUGCAUUUUGAAAUUUUGGGGACAAACUAUGGAGAAGAUCUUGGCAGAGGAAUCCGCAAGCUCGGCUGCUGGAAUCCUGUCACUGGUCUGAAUGGGUCACUAACAGACAGAAAGCUGGAGAAUAACAUGCGAGGAGUGGUUCUGCGUGUGGUGACAGUGCUGGAAGAGCCCUUUGUCAUGGUGUCUGAAAAUGUUCUGGGAAAACCCAAGAAGUAUCAGGGCUUCUCAAUAGACGUGUUGGAAGCCUUGGCUACUUACCUCGGCUUUAAGUAUGAAAUUUAUGUUGCACCGGAUCACAAAUAUGGGAGUCCUCAGGAUGAUGGAUCAUGGAACGGACUGAUAGGAGAACUGGUAUUUAAGAGAGCUGAUAUAGGGAUCUCUGCCCUAACCAUCACCCCUGACAGGGAGAAUGUGGUGGACUUCACAACGCGUUACAUGGACUACUCGGUGGGCGUGCUGCUUCGGAAGGCAGAGAAGACAGUGGACAUGUUUGCCUGCUUGGCACCAUUUGACCUCUCCCUGUGGGCAUGCAUUGCUGGCACUGUGCUCUUAGUAGGGCUACUGGUCUACCUCUUGAAUUGGCUCAACCCCCCACGCCUUCAGAUGGGAUCCAUGACAUCUACAACUCUCUACAACUCCAUGUGGUUUGUGUAUGGAUCCUUUGUGCAACAAGGAGGAGAGGUUCCAUACACAACCCUGGCAACCCGACUGAUGAUGGGAGCUUGGUGGCUUUUUGCUUUGAUUGUCAUCUCCUCCUACACAGCAAACCUAGCAGCUUUCCUCACCAUCACACGCAUUGAGAACUCCAUCCAGUCUCUCCAGGAUCUCUCGAGGCAGACGGAUAUUCCUUAUGGCACUGUCUUGGACUCUGCAGUCUAUGAGCACGUCCGAGUGAAAGGGAUGAAUCCUUUUGAGAGGGAUGGCAUGUAUUCCCAAAUGUGGAGGAUGAUUAACAGAAGCAAUGGCUCAGAGAACAACGUCGUGGAGUCGACCGCAGGUAUUCAAAAGGUGAAAUAUGGAAACUAUGCCUUUGUCUGGGAUGCAGCAGUGCUGGAGUAUGUGGCCAUCAACGAUGCAGAAUGCUCUUUUUACACAGUCGGGAACACUGUUGCGGACAGAGGAUAUGGGAUCGCACUGCAGCAUGGCAGCCCCUACCGAGAUGCUUUCUCACAAAGGAUUUUGGAGCUGCAGCAGAAUGGCGACAUGGACAUACUGAAGCAUAAGUGGUGGCCGAAGAACGGUCAGUGUGAUCUUUACUCAUCUGUGGAUACCAAACAGAAAGGAGGUGCCCUGGACAUAAAAAGUUUUGCAGGUGUUUUCUGCAUCCUCGCUGCAGGGAUUGUCCUAUCCUGUUUCAUUGCAAUGUUGGAAACGUGGUGGAAUAAAAGGAAAGGCUCCCGGGUUCCAUCAAAAGAGGACGACAAGGAGAUCGACCUGGAGCACCUCCACAGGCGUGUGAACAGCCUCUGCACAGACGACGACAGUCCCCAUAAACAGUUCUCCACCUCAUCGAUUGACUUGACCCCGCUGGACAUUGACACUUUACCCACACGUCAGGCACUGGAGCAAAUCAGUGACUUCAGAAACACUCACAUCACCACAACCACCUUCAUACCAGAGCAGAUCCAGACUCUGAGCCGCACUCUGUCUGCUAAAGCCGCUUCGGGUUUCUCCUUCGGCAGUGUGCCCGAGCACCGAACUGGCCCUUUCAGGCACAGGGCACCCAACGGUGGCUUUUUCAGAAGCCCCAUCAAAACAAUGUCAUCUAUCCCUUACCAACCAACUCCUACUUUGGGUCUGAAUAUUGGUAGUGACCCAGACCGAGGCACCUCCAUCUGAGCACCAGAACAAGUUUCUUCACUGUUUCUUAUUUAGGACUCCCUUUGCAAGGAGCAGCUGUAAUAUUGUGGGACUAACAUGGAUGUAACCUUUCUUCUUUUCCUUAUUUUUUGGUUUUGAGGGUUGUGGUUUGGGGUUUUUUUUAUUUGUUUGAGGGUUAUUUUCUGUUUGGGUUGUUUGGGGUUUUUUUCCUUUAUUUUAUUUAAGAAUCAGAAUUAUUAGUAGCAACUCUUCUUCCUCCUCUUCUCUGCUUCCUCAGUCUGGUCUCUUCUGUCUCCCCUUAUUCUCUUUACUACUUGAAUCACUUAUUCUUUGGUUUAUCACUGCGUUAGGUUUUGGUUACUUCAGGCUUUUCAUAUACUUUAAAUAUAGGAAAUGUGCAGCGAUUCAUGCAUAGAAAAACCCUGAGGAUUACUUUACAGAAGGGCAUUUGCUCCUCCUCCCCCACCACCUUUUUUUACUAUAAUUGCAAUAACUUAAGUAUUUUUCAUGUACUCUGCUGCAUCCGGUCAGCGCUCCACUGCUGUGUGUCCUUUUAACUGUGGACCAAAGGCAAACCCUGCAGUUCAAAAAAUGGAAAAAAUUUAAAAAAAAAAGGCAAAAAGACAAAAGAAGAAAAAAAAAAGAAUGGAAA